AAGAAGAAUCGAAAAACUGUCAAAAGUCUAGAUCCCAAAGCGGUGACAACUCGCCACUUUCGUAGUGACUUGUGAUUGCAAUUUCUUUGUAAAUAGUUGCAUACAAUUUCCUCGUAAAUAACGACUACAAUGGAGCAAACGGAACAACAAGAACAACCUCCAUUGUUUGAUAAUGUCGAUAUAACGGCCGUCGAGGAGGAGAAUGACAUUUUUGAAUCAGCCGUGCAGGAGCCCUUGCAACCGGUCAUGGAAGAUAUCGCAACAGACGAAACCACCAACGGACAAUACAUGGAAAUCAACGUUUCCGAUCCACAAAAAAUCGGCGAAGGAAUUGGGUCCUACGUCGCGUACAAGGUAACGACAAAUACCAACAACUCCAAGUAUUCGAAAAGGCAGUUCACGACCACUCGCCGCUUCAGUGACUUCUUAGGACUGCACGACAUCCUGGUGAGCAAAUACCUGAGAUGCGGCCGAAUCAUCCCUCCUGCCCCCCAGAAAAACAUCAUCGGGAGUACAAAAGUAAAAAUGUCCCAGCCUCAAUCUGAACUUGGUCAGGGUCUUAGUAUGGAAUGGGUGGAAAAUCGUCGGGCCGCACUACAGCGCUAUCUGAACCGUACGGCCCAACAUCCUGUCCUUUCUCAAGAUCCCGACUUUAUUAAUUUUUUGGAAAGCGAUCAGGAACUACCGCGUGCGGUGAACACAGCUGCCUUGAGUGGAGCCGGGGUGAUGCGACUUUUCAAUAAAGUUGGUGAAACCGUAAAUAAAAUUACAUACAAAAUGGAUGAGAAUGAUCCGUGGUUUGAAGAUAAGAUUGCUGAAGUGGAGAAUUUAGAUAUGCAUAUUCAAAAAUUGCAUACGGCAAUUAAAGCUUUAGUUAGUCACCGUAAGGAUUUAGCUGCAUUGACUGGCGGAGUUGCUAAAUCUGCGGCUAUGUUAAGUACGUGCGAAGAGCACACCGGACUAUCGAGAGCUCUAUCUCAGCUGGCUGAUGUAGAGGAAAAGAUCGAAAUUUUACGCUUCGAGCAAGCAAAUUCUGAUUUGUACAUCCUUUCCGAAACACUUAAAGAUUACAUAGGUCUUUUUGGUGCUAUCAAAGAUGUGUUUCAUGAGCGCGUUAAGGUAUUUCAAAAUUGGCAACAUGCCCAAUUGCAACUGACGAAGCGGCGCGAGAACAAGGCGAAAAUUGAAUUGUCUGGCCGCAAUGAAAAAUUAGAUCAAGCACAAAAGGAAGUUGAAGAGUGGGAAGCGAAAGUCCAGCGAUGUCAGAAAGAAUUUGAUGACAUUUCAUCUGAAAUUAAGCGUGAAAUGGAGCGUUUUGAAAUCAAUCGAGCCAAAGACUUUAAAGCUACCAUCAUUAAAUAUCUGGAAGAUCAAAUGGCUCAUCAGCAACAGCUCAUCAAGUACUGGGAAGGCUUUGUACCGUCGGCAAAGGAGAUUGCGUGAGACUCAGCUAACUGUGAAUAUGCAAACGAUCCCGAAAUCUCUAUAAAUUUUCUAAAUUGUGUAUAUUUAUCGACCAAUAAUGCGUGUAUUAAAUCGAAAUUAUCAUUAGACACCUUAGAAAACAAAGAUUAGAACUUAAGCUAAGCUUAAAAAUCGUCAUCUUCUAUUAUUCUUCUUUAUUGUACUCUAUUCACACAGGCUCGGUUGCUUCGCAGAAAACAAAAAAAAAAGAUGAAAACAAAGUUUGCAAUGAACUUUAUGACAUAAAUUUACAUAUUACAUACAAAUAUGAAAUCUUCUUAUAAAGUAUACCUCUCUCGAAUGAAGAAUAACAAAGGAAAGGAUUGAAAAGAAUGAGGAACGUAAAAUAAUAUAUGAUACAAUGAAAUAUUAUGUUUUAAGAUAUUGUGAUCAUUUUCUAUUAUUAUCGUCUUUAUGAGAAAGUUAAAAUUGCAACUCGUUAGUUUGCUGCAUCAUUCCAAGAUUUAUUGUCCUUAAGAAAGAAAUCUAGAGAGUCAUCGUAUAAAUAUUAUAUUUUGCCGUAAGAGAUAUGAAAUUAUUGAAAUGUGCUGAUUGAAUAUUUGUCAUGUUGCUAUUACACUUAUUAUUUUUUGAAAUACA